AUGUAAAUAUAAAAAAGAAAACAGAAUACUUUUAUAAAUCAUAAUUCUACUUAUGAUUUCGGAUGGCUUCUAAAUUUUACAGAUGCUUUCUCUAAACAUGAAUUGCAACAAUCAAAUAUGAAAUAGUUACCAAAAGCGUUUGUGUAAAACGAUUUCUUACUAUAAUCAGAGAUUUAUAUUUACAAUUUAGAAUAAGAAUAAUUUGUUUUGCAGAAAUUGGAAUUGUAUCCAAACAUGAUUAUCUCGGAUAAUUUGUUUUUAAUCCUGUCAACAUGCACAAUUUAAAAAACGAAAAUCGAAUAUCGUGAGUUUAAUGCUCAAGGCUUGAAAUUAUGUAAUCAACUUGGAUAAACUUAUUUGUUCUUUAUUACAUUAAAAGAUUUAACCAAUUGGACUAAAUAUGCUAAGAAAUUUUGUAAAUUGUCCAACUUUUUAUAAAAAUACACAAUUAAAGAGAGAACCAAUGUCCCUAAUGUUUUUGCUUGUGUUAAAAAUAAGAAUAAUUCGGUUUACACAGUAAAUAUCUUUAGAUUACAAGACUUCGACAAAAAUCCAUCGCUUUAUGAAUAAUUGAUGAAUGAAGUCAACAUCCUCAUGAGUCUGAAACACCCUUGUUUACUUAAAUAUUGUUCAUUAUAUGAAGAUCAAUAACACUUAUAUAUAUUAUAUGAGUAUUGGGUUGGAGAUCCACUAUACAAAUUAUUGGAAUAAGGUUUAGUCUUAAAUUCCACACAAAUAUCCAACAUAGUAUAUUAACUAAUUAAGUUUGUAAAAUUUUUACAUAAACAAAAUUUAUAUCAUGCCUAAAUAACUCCUCAGAAUAUAAUUCUGUUGAGGAAUGCUUCCUUAGAUCAGUUGCAAAUAGUAUUGAUUAAUUUCGCUUACAGAGAAGAAAUAGGAGUUGUUUAACUAAUAAAGAAAUUACCUAAGUAAUGGAUACCCCCAGAGAUGCAAUUAUGCAAUGUCCAAUACCCACAGAAAAUUGACUAAUUCUAAAUAGGAUGUACUCUAUUCUACCUUUGUGUCUACAAGCCUGUUAUCAAAGGGAGUUGCCAAUCUUUUAGCAAAUCCAUUGAAAAUAUCGAUAUUUCCUUCCUUAGAUUAAGAUAAGAAUAAGCAUUAUCAGAGAAAUCCAUUCUGAGCCUCUCUUAGAUUGAUCUAUUGCAAUACUUAAUUCAACCAGAUCCUAUUAAGAGAAAAGAUUUGUAAGAGUUGAGUAAUCAUCAUUGGUUUGUCAACGAAAAAGCCAAAUUUAAAUAGAUUGGAAAAUAGAAACUAUUGCCUAGUUUAAGAACAAUAUUGGAAAUUAGAGAAUAAAGUUCAAUGGAAGUUAAAUUAACCAGACCUACAUAAAGGUUAAGUAUUGCAAGCAUAGAAUCAGAUGAUGAUGAAGACAUAAAUUUGUAGGAUCUUAACUGUUCUGAAAAUAACCAUUUAACUGAUAUUAUAUCAAUAUUAAAUUCGUAGAACUUAAGUGUUCAUAAAUGUUGA